AUGCCUGACCAUAAGCUUAGCUGUGAUCGCGCCCUCUGGCUGUCUGUUGCCUCAGUCCUCUUGUCUGCCAUCCGUAUGUGGAGUCGGUUCUGCAGCUUCUUGCACGAUGUUCUUCGUCCAAGGCCAUUGUAUGAGGGAGAUGGCAAACCGUCUGGCAGGUCUCAGGCAGGAAGUUCGAGGCUCCGAGAAACAGAUGCUGGAAGCCAUUCAAGUUGCAAGUGUCAGGUUGCAAGUGUCAAGUUGCAAGUGCCGAAUGUCGAAAUGGCCCCGGUGCCACACGCAGUCGGCGAAAAGCAGUGGCCAUUCAACUGA